AUGGAUCGCAAGCUCUAUCAGGCAUCACUAACCGGAGACGUCCCCACCCUCCUCGAGCUCGCUCGAGAGGACAAGCACCUUCUCGAGCAAAGGGUCAUUCCAUCCCUCAACACCCCGUUGCACCUUGCCUCGAGGUUGGGGCACAUCCGGUUCGUCUCGGAGCUCAUAAGACUGCGGCCCGAGUUGGUCAUGUCGGAGAACGCCAAGCUGGAGACGCCGUUGCAUGACGCCAGCCGUGAGGGCCACCUCGAGGUAUGCAACGCCUUGUUGGACGCCGACCAAACGGUUGCUUAUAGGCUUGAUUGCGACCACCGGAGCGCGCUCUUUGUUGCCUGCAGCCGAGGCCACUUUCCCGUGGCCAAGUUUCUCUUGGACGUGCCAUGGCUGCUGGCCUCCGAGGAGGAUGGCUCGACCACUUCUUUACACGUUGCAGCAACGGAUGGCCACACAGAUUGCUUUUCGUCAGAGCUAAAUGCACUGAGGGAUUGGCCGCAAUACACGUACUUGUAUAGUAAAUAG